GAGCGCGCGCAGCUGGCUGUUCGCUCUCGGCGUUUUGACAGAUGGAGUUGGUUUGACUCGGAGUCAGAGCUGAAAGCAUUUUGGGCAAAAACAACAAGGAAUUUCAGUUUUCUUUUAUUUAUUUUUUCUAUCUGCAAUGAAAGCUGAACAGACUGAAAAUGGAGAAAACUCGACGAACUCGCAGAGUGAAAUGCUGAUCAACCAGCUGAGGGAGAUCACUGGCAUCCAGGACCCACAGAUUCUCUGCCGAGCCUUGAAUGCCAGCCAGGGUGACAUUGGACAUGCUGUUGGACUGCUGACAACCCAGCCAGCAGAGGUUCAGGAUCCUGGAGAACCACAGGAGUCUGCGACCCCUGGAGUGGCCUGGGAGGGGCAGAAAGUAAUUCAUAAAGAUGAACUGCAGACUGCCAUUGAACUCAGCCUGCAGGAGUCCCACAAUGCUCAGGAAGAGGAGAGAGAAUUCAACAGGGCUCUGGAGGCUAGUGCAGAGGAGAACACAGCUAAGAUGAAGAGGAAGAGAUGUGAGGCCCAGAGUGAGAUGUGCAGCCCUGGAGACUGGAUCCGCCAAGACAACUGGCCCGUGGGCAUUCGCAAUGUAGGAAACACCUGCUGGUUCAGCGCUGUCAUCCAGUCAUUGUUCCACCUGCCUGUGUUCAGGAGGCUGGUUCUCAACUACCAUCUGUCUGAGCGACUACUGGACAAGUGUAAGAGUCACGCAGACAAGAGGAACAUUGCUUUCAUGCAGGAGCUGCGCUGCCUGUUUGCCCUCAUGUUGGGCUCCACCCGCAGGUUUGUGGAUCCUUCUGCUGCAGUGGAGUUACUGCGAGACGCCUUUAGGACCAGUGAGGCCCAACAGGAUGUCAGUGAGUUUUCUCACAAGCUGCUCGACUGGCUAGAGGAUGCAUUUCAGCUGGCUGCCAAUGGAAAUAGUGCAGAAGACAAACAAGAAAACCCCAUGGUUCAGCUUUUCUAUGGUACCUUUGUGACAGAAAGAAAACAUGAGGGUAAGACUUUAUGUAACAUCGAGCAGUUUGGCCAGUACCCUCUGCAAGUCAAUGGCUUCAACAACCUGGAUGAAUGUCUAGAAGGUGCUAUGGUUGAGAAGGAGAUUGAGUCGUUACAUUCAGAUCACAGUGUUACGCCUGGCCGUGAGAGAUGGUUCAAAAAGUUACCACCAGUCUUGACUUUUGAACUGUCUAGAUUUGAGUUCAACACCCAGCUUGGUCGUCCUGAGAAGAUACACAAGAAGCUGGAGUUUCCACAAAUCAUUUAUAUGGACAGAUAUCUUCACAGAAACAUAGAGCAGACCCAUGAGCGGAGAGGAGAGGUAAAAAAAAUGAAGGAGCAACUUGCAGCCCUUCAACAGAAACUCGAGUGCUAUAAAAACUAUGGCUCAGGACCUACCAAGUAUCCUCUGACUGACAUGCUGCAGUUUGUGUUGGAGUUUGCUACCACCAAGCCUUCGAAUGUUUCCCCAGCUGAAGACUUUAGACCAACUUCAUCUUCACCAACUCCUUCAAGCCACCCACUCAGUGAAACCAUCUCUACAGACAACAGUGAACCUGAAGACACAGAUUCAUCAGAGGGCCUGGUUUCCAGUGUGUCCAGUUGCCAGCGGACCCCCAUAUACAAGCCCUUCACCCAGUGCAGACACCCCAUUGAUUGUCCACCACACCCAGCCCCCCACAGCAUCACUGAGGAAGAGCUGCACAAUGUUAAGAACUGCCUACAGCGUUGGAGGACAGAAGUAGAGAACGACAUAAAUGAACUAAAGGCCAGCAUUGACAGGCUCAGUCAGGUGCUUGAGGGCAUGUAUUCAGACAGCAGCCUCUGCCAGGUGCCCUACAGACUCCACGCAGUGCUCGUCCAUGAGGGCCAGGCGUCAGCAGGUCAUUACUGGGCCUACAUCUACGACCACGCCAACCAGCGCUGGAUGAGGUAUAAUGAUAUAAACAUCACUGAGUCGUCAUGGGAGGAGCUGGAGAGAGACUCGUUCGGGGGCAUGACCAACGCCAGCGCCUACUGCUUGAUGUACAUUGAUGACAGGCUACCCCACCUUAUCACAGAAGACACAGAUGACGAGACAGGCCAGAUGCUGCAUGGCAUGGACUCCCUGCCGCCCAUCCUCAGACGCUAUGUCCAUGAAGAUAACCGCUGGUUCCAGCAGGAGCUCAGCGAAUGGGAGGAGCAGUUCUGCCAGACAGCGACCCCACAGGGAGAGUCUACAGUCUCUACAGAGCCCCCAACAAACCCCAGUCCAGACAAUGAACAGCAAACACCAGUUGAGCCAGCUCCACAGUCCUCCAGUGGAGGGUCCUCCACUGAAGGGCUGGACCAGGGAGCUGCUUCAGAACCACAGCCAGACUCAGAAGCACAGAAGGAUCCAGAGCCUGAUCUUGCAGAGAAGCCUGAAGAAGAAUCAGAGUUAACGUCACCGCCACCAGAGAGCCCGGGCUGCCAGCCAGACGACAGCAAUGCGGCAGUCACCGACACCCUGGAGCCCAGCCAGGACUCCACCACAGCUGAGAAGGAUCUACAGAGUCAGUCUCCUUGCCCUGAAGCUGAGCUUAGUAACCAGUCGCCAUCGGACCUCCAUGUGGAGAAGGCUGACACAGAGGUGGCAGGCCUCAGCUCUGAAGCUGAAGGUGACCCAGAGGCUUCCAGAGAAGCUCCUGAACAUGAUGCAGAUCAUGAGGAUGAGGAGCAGCAGCAGCAGGAGGAGCAGCAGGAGCAGCAGCAGCAGCAGCAGCAGCAGCAGCAGCAGCAGGAGGAGCAGCAGCAGCAGCAGGAGCAGCAGGAGGUCCCAGCUAGACAGCGACAGCCUGAGAACGAGGUCUCAGAAGUGGAGAUCCCCAAUGUGGGCAGGAUCAUGGUGAGGGCUGAUGCUGAUGGAUACAACGAAGAGAUGAUGCUGACUCCAGCUAUGCAGGGCGUCAUUCUAGCCAUCGCCAAGGCCAGAAAAACUUUUGACAAGGAAGGACCUGAGGCUGGCCUCAUCAGGGCCUUCCAUGAAGAGUAUUCUCGCUUGUAUGAGCUCUCCCAGGAGGAGACCACUCCCCAGGAGGAUGCACGUCUGCAGCACGCUCUGGUCUACUUCUUCCAGAAUAACGCACCCAAGCGUAUUAUUGAGAGGACAUUGCUGGAGCAGUUUACUGACCGGAACCUGAGCUUCGAUGAGAGGGCCAUUAGUAUCAUGAGGGAAGCUCGAUCCAAGCUGCGUCUCAUCAAGCCAGAGGAUAUGGACAUGGAUGAAUACCUGCAAUGGCAGGAUGACUACAGGACGUUCAGGACAGUGUUUGUCUACCUGCUGACUGGACUGGAGCAAUACCAGCAUGGGAAGAUACGGGAGGCCUUGAACUACCUGGCUCAUGCAUAUGAGACCAACGCAAGCCUGCUGAAGAACGGAGAGAAACGCGGCGUGGACAAGUCUCUUAUUGCAGUUUACAGGAGGAAAUGCCUCACUAUGUUGAAUGAAAGCGCAUCAAAGCUGUUUUGCAGUGGUGAGGAGAGCAAUGUGGAGGAAGGUGUGGCCAUCAUGGAUGAGGCCGUCAUCCCAUGCCUGCACCUCAUGAGCCGUGACUCGGCUUUAACACAGGAAGACCGGGACACUAUGGAGAGCAUCCGUAGCCACUGGUGCUGCUGCCUGGGCCAAGACAUGGAUGACUCAUUGCAGGUGAAACUGGGUGAGUUUCUGCCCAGGGUUCUGGACUGCUCAGCUGAGACAGUAGUGCUUAAAGACCCACCUAAAGUCCACGUCAACCAGGACCUGUGCAGUCGCCUGGCUGCUGUCAUGGAGUCCAUCCACAGCACCUCGAUAGUCACUGUUAAAUAAAGCCCUGGAUGAAGAGUCGCGCCUUGAACUGUGCGUCCUACCUUCCAGCAACCAUUGGCCAAAUGAUGUGUUUCUUUUGAUUUGCUGGUUUGGUGCUGUACAUGUAUAUUAUUUUGAUGUUGUGUUUAAUAUAGCUAGCUGUAAGCGCUCAUUAGGGUUAGACAGGCAAUGGGGCAGGGCUGUCACCUCAUACAGUACAUACAUGCUCAUGUAUUGAUUACCGCAUCAAGAAUUUUAAACCUAAAAGCACAUGGAAAAGCCCUCCAAACAUCUCAAAAGUAUCAAAAUAAAUCCUAUGUAUUCCUCACAGAAGUUUGUGUGUCAUCUGCCUGUCCAACCACCACCAUCAGCAAAAACAAAACAAAACAAAAAACUACUAACUGUGCUUAAAAAUCAUUAUGUCCUUGAAGCAGCAGCAGGUUAUGCAAAAGGGAGGACCCAAAUGGUAGCAGCCCACUGUAUUUUUUUUUCCUCUAAUGACCUGCAGAACUGGCAACCCAAAUAGCACUAUUGAAAAGAUGGAAUGAUACAGACUGCUGUAGCAUUUUAACCCUAACCCUUAAAAAUGUUAUACAUACAGUCAUACUGAAACGACAAAACAUCCUAUGACAUCUCGUUCUUAGUGCCUGAAACAUCUGCAGUCAAACUAAUGCAUUUGCUCAUCACGUGUCAGUUAACAUUUAAAAAAAAAAAAAAAAAACAUGUUUUAGGCUUUCUGCUUGUGACUCGCUGUGACUAUAAAUACAUCCUUUUAGUUCUCGCUCUUUAAAAAGCACAUUACUUAUUGACAGCUCUGGUGCUAUUUAGUGGCAAAAUGUCAUCAGUAAGAGAACAGGGAAGCAUGAAAUCCUGAUUUGCAUUCUGAACGUUUAAGAUAUGGACAUGUUUUACUGGCUGGCAAACUUGUUAACUUUAAAUACUGUUAACCAUUAAAGUGCCACUCAACUCUGCAGGAAGUGACUGGAUUCGGCAGGAUUAGUUGAUUGUGUUGCUAAGCAGCGUGACCGCACAACGGGGCCUUUAAAUAGGCCAACAAAACCAUUAAAUUUGUACUGCACGGUAACAAAUACUGUUUAUUAGCUUUUUUUAAAUAUGUGUUUUAUAUUACUUUGUAUUUUUCCAAAACACAUUGCGAAAUUUUAAAUGUAGAUGAAGCUUAGAAAGUUAUCUAUAGUAUUAUUACGCAUAAAAACAUUAGUGACAGCAGGGGGACUCUCACUUUGUUACGCAGAACCAUGUUCAACAGUACUUUGCUUAUACAGAUGUGCUUUUUAUCCCUUUUUGAGUGGUUCUCUGUAAACCAUGUGAGCCCUUUGAAAGGAAAGCCAUGGGACAAAAUGAGAUGAAAUCCUUUUUUUUUUUUUUUUCGGUGUCCCAGAUGAAAUGCAGUCAUCAUGAAUGAAUCCUCUCAAUCAGGAUUUUCAGGCCAGCAACAGCCUGUUGUUACUGUUGUUACAUAUGCCGCUGAUUUCACACAGCUUUUUCACUUUUACUCUGUGAUGAUACUCAAUAAAUCUUUUAAAUACUC